UAUUUGCGUAUAAGUCAAAUAGGAACCAUCUUUGCGCGAGGACGGAGGGAGUAAUAAUCAAGACUAGAUUAAUAUCAAAAUUGCAAGCUAGUCCGGGCAGCAAGAUCCCGGGCAUGGUUUACAAAGCGGGUGAGUCCGGCACCGGAACAUCGACGGCGAAGGGUGAAAUCGGAGUGAGAGAGGCGGCGGUGAUGGCUGCAACGGAUGUGUUGAGUGCUGAAAACGAGGAGUUUGUGUAUCGAAUCUGCACAGCCGAGGAGUGGGAGGCAUUGCAGAAAAGCGGAAGUUCCUUUGGGGGUGACCUCGACGCUACUACUCGUUAUAUACAUCUCAGCAAGCUGGACCAGGUUGGAUCAACCCUAGAGAACUUUUUCAUGAACGUAAAAAAGGAUCUAUAUUUGCUGCAAAUUGAUGCUAAGAAGCUAGGGGAGGGAUUGGUUUAUGAAGCAGUUGAUGAUUCUAACAUAUUUCCUCAUUUUUAUGGUCCAUCCCGAAGCUUUAGUCCUCUCCCACUUAAUGCAGUAGUGAGAUGUGAGAAAUUAGUUAUGGAAGAUGGAAAAUUUAGAUGCAGUUUGCUGAGCUAAGUUUGUUCACUUGUUCCUAUUAGUUGUUUUGAUUGCAUUAAACGAGACAUGAAUGUUUAUUAAUUAUGUAUGUGUACUAAUUGGUAACUUAUUAUGUAUUUAUAUACUAAUUAAUAACUUUAAGUGGUUUGAUAUUUAACGUAAGCAGUUUGCAUUCAUUAUUUCAAUAAAUCAUGCAAUGAAUAAUGUACAAUGCAUAUGAAUGUUGUCUUUAACUUCUUCGAAAUGCCCUAACCUUUUAAUGCUCUAUAUGCACCCCCUUGUCAUCAUGCUAUAUUUCUUCUCUGCAAAAACAAACAGAUCUCUGCAAGUUUCAAACUGAAGGAGGCUAAAUGGAUGUUAAGGAAAGAGUGUGCCCUCUUCCCUCUCUCUUCUUCCCCUUCUUUAGUUUCCCAUUACUACUUUUAAUUGGCCUUUUACUGCUUGUUUGUGGUCUUUCGGAUUGUAACCCAAAACCCGUCAUUUUCAAUUUCGGUGAUUCCAAUUCUGAUACUGGAACGUACUUCAUCAUGCACGGAAGGAUUUCACAAAUAUCACAGACCCUUGCCCAAUCCUUGUCCAUUCAGACACAGGGCCGUAUGUCUGAUGGACAAUUAGUACUUGAUUUCUUUUGUGAAAGCUUGAAUGCACAUUACCUGAGUCCGUUCCUGGAAUCCAUAGACGCCAACUUCACAAAUGGUGUUAACUUUGCUAUGAGCGGUUCUUCUAUUGCCCCUACUUCUGUGUUCUUCAGCUUGCAAAACCAAGUCGCCCACUUUAGUAGAUUCAAACGACGUUCUCUUGAUUUUGUUUCUAAAGGGGACAAGGAUUUACUUGGAAAUGAGGACUUUGAGAAUGCCAUAUAUGUCAUUGACAUAGGCCAGAACGACAUAGAUGCAGCAUUUUCUUCUCAAUCAUAUGUUGUAGCUGUGCAGAGAAUUCCCUUUUUCAUUUCUGAAAUUGAAAACGCCAUGUGGGUCCUUUACCAGCAAGGAGCAAGGAAAUUCUGGGUGCACAACACAGGUCCUCUUGGUUGCUUGCCAAAAACAUUAACAAGCAGCAAUUUUCCUGCCAAUGACCUUGACCAGCAUGGUUGCGUGACCAGUUUCAACAGUGGUGCACAGCUUUUCAACGAAGGCCUGCGUCGGCUCCGCGACAAGCUUGCCCAUGAAAUGAAGGAUGCCAUCAUAGUGUAUGUGGAUAUAUAUGCCAUCAAAUAUGACCUCAUUGCAAAUUCAUCCGUGUACGGUUAGUACAAGGGUCCGUUUGGUUUAGAGUUAUCUAGCUGAAAUGGAAGAUUGUGUUAAACUUUUCUGAAAGAAAAAUAUCUAUUUUAGGCCAAGUUUGCGUUUGUUUGUGGGGAAAUGUGAUUUUUAAAGAUUUAAACGAAAGUGUUUAUUGAUAAAAGUUGAUUGUGUUUGAAACUCAAAAUGAUUUUAUAAAAGAAGUCAAGUCUCGGGGAAAAGGUAAAUCUUUAUUAAUUGGAUAAAAUAUUGUAAAGUGAAAAGUUGUUUUAGGCACCCUUUUCCAUACUAGCACUUUUUAGCUUUAAAGUGCUUAAAGUCAACCACAAAUUGCGAUUUAAAGCACUACUUAUAGUUUUUAAAACCAAGAAGUACAAAAGUUGUUCUGAAAGGCGACUGCAAGCACUCCCGUCGUCAAAUAAGUGAGUCAUUAGCUUCUACUCAUUCUACUAAUAAGCACGAUAAGGUGCUACUUAUCUAAUCUAAUAAAGCCUAAAGUUAUGUGCAACUCACAAUCGGCUUAAUUUCGAACGGCAGGUUUUGAAAAUGCGGUGACAGCUUGUUGUGGCUAUGGAGGGGGGCAAUACAACUAUGAUCCCAUAGUCCAGUGUGGCGUACCAGGGUUCAAAGUCUGUGAGAAGAGAUCUGAGUAUGUAAACUGGGAUGGGAUUCACUACACAGAAGCCGCUAACAAAUUUGUUGCCAACAAAAUACUGACCGGUCAUUACUCCACGCCUCAGGUUGCACUUGCUGACAUUUUAUUCUCUUCACAUUCUGCUGCUCAUGCUUUGGCACCUGCACCUGCCUGAGCAUGAGAACACUACCGCACCUUCAUUUUCCAUUUCGAUUCAGCAAAGUUCUAUAUUCUUGUGGUGCUAUCAUUUGAAUGAAAGCAAUGUUUGUAAGUUGUAACACCCAAUUUUCCCCACUUCUAAGAAUUUGAUUUUAUUAGAAUAAUACUACUUCCGUCCCUCUUAUAUUGGGACACAAGAGGGUGGCAGACACGAUUAUUAAGAAAAGUGGGUUUGUGUUUUUGAUAUUAAUUGAUAAAGUAAGAAUAAAGUAAGAAUGAUUUAGAGCCACACAAA